AUGGCUAUUAGUAACUCAAAGCCGCUAUUCCCUCGUACAUGCGUCUCUCGUGUUGAGGAUGUUCUGACAGCCGUAAAGUUUCUCUCUGGUUGCCAUUUGCUUCGAGGAAUGUACAUCUCUACAUUAUUAAUUGCUAUAUCAAACGAUGUAGCCACUAAUCCCGGGCCUGGUAUAAACGUAGCUCAACAACUAUCCGGUUGUCGUGGUCUGAAGAUCAGUCAUUUAAACAUAAGAAGUCUGUACCCAAAGAUGGACGAAGUACGCCUGCUGCUAAAAGAUCAACCAAUUGACGUUUUUACUAUAUCGGAAACGUGGUUAAACCCGUCGAUUUCAGACGAAGAACUUAGUGUCCCCGGCUAUACUAUUCUCCGACAGGAUCGUUUGGAACAAAUUGGAGGCG